GUUGGAAUAAUUUCAUUGUUUGCAAUCUGUUUAAAGGGUAGCACUAAGAAAAUGUAGUAAAAUGCAGUAUAAUUGCAGUGGUUGCACGAUGAUUGGUGAUAUUUUGUGACGCAGAAGUGAACGAUAUAGGAAAAAUCUACUAAAAUAUGUAAUGAACCAGUGAUUCAGUUAUCUCGGAGAAGGAAAUCUUAACAAAGUGUUUUAUGUUUUAUUGAAUAUGAUUGCACCAAAUAGCUCUCUAUUUACAAUGGUUUUAUUUUAUAAUCAUCAAAUGAAUCAAAAUUGAAUUAAAGUCAGUAAAGUGCUAUGUAGUUAUCGCGGCGAGGAAGAACAUGAGUUAGUAAAAUCGAAAAAAAUGCCAUGCCUGGAUUUAAUGGUGGCUAGACAGACUGUCGCCAUCAAUGUGUAAUAUGUGAUGAUAGCAAGCUAAUCCGCAUAUUGAAGCUACAACGGAGAUAUUUAAGUCAGCGAAUAGAUUGUACAUUAUUAAAAUGGAAUCUACUUCUGACCAUCAUGAUGCUGCUUCAGUUACCAACUCAUUUACCAAUUCUGAGGAAACUACCCAAGAAACAGAGGAAGAACUGGAAGGCGCAGUCGGUAUCUCAGAAAUAGAUCCACAUGCACGAUUAUCGAUUGCGUUGAAAACUGCUGACGAUGAUGAGGAUGAACCACCUGAACUGAAAGAUCAAGAGAAUCUCCCACCAACACCGUAUGAGGAAUGCUUGGACUUGAAGAUUUUUGAAACCUUGGCGAACCAGGACACAUCUGGAGGUCUUCAACAGCCGAAUAAUAAUGCAAGUGAUGGAGCCAACCUUCACUUUAUUGAUGGCGAUGCAGCAUCUCCGGGUCGCGCAAGCGUACCGUCCAAUAAGCCUUCACCCGUAUGCUGUACAGCAACAUCUCCAACCUCCAACAGUGGCCACCAUGCCGAAUCAUGUGGAUCAUCCAGCUCUUCAGCUCCAUGUUCCGGAGUACGUCGUAAAGCCAAAGCAGCAUCAACAUCACUUGAAGAACCAAUCGUGAAUGGGACCAAAAAGAAAGUCCGUCCAAAUGGAUCCCUUAAAUCUUCGCCCUCGCAAGACUAUCUUCAGAUUUGGACAACUGCCACUGGUGAUGUGCAAGGUACCGAAGGGAAACCAUCUCAGAGGCAAACAACGAGUCCGACGGUUCAAGUGCAUCGUCCUUUGGAACGAUCUUGGCCUCCGAAGCACCAACGGAAACAGCAGCAUCAGCAAGGAUCAGAAGAAUUUUCGUUCGAUAUUAUAGACACAGACGAACAGUCAUAUGGGGUAUCUACAGAAGCUUCUACGUCUGGUGUUGAAUUUGUUCCGGGAGAGUUCUAUGAGCAGAAUCCAAAGCAGCUUCGACAUGAAAAAGUUGCUCGUGUAAUUAAGCAACCUUUGGAGGGCAUAAACGAAAGUGCUCCAUUAGCAACUCCAGAAACAGAUGGUAGUUUGUCGGAUAAUACACCCUUGAGGUUAGCAAGAUUAGACAGAAAUGCAAAUCCGGACAUAGAGACUGUGGCUGAAGUAAAUGAACCUAGUACUAGUAACGUAACAAAGCCCCCCUUGAGGAAAACUUGUAGAGCUGAGUAUAAUUUUCCAGAAGUGGAGCAACAACCAUCGUGUUCGAAUGAAUCCGCUGCCAUUGGUAUCAAUAGUGAAACUAGUAAUAUAAAUCCACAUAGACCCUUGACAAGAGCUUUGUCCAAUGGAAGGGCUAAGCACUCUUUAAAUAGUUCGAUAAUUACAGGCGAUCUACUUGUCGGAGAACCAAUAAGAGCAACCCAUGUCAUAUUCCCCAUCCAGAGUUUGUCACCUUGUGCAAGGAGUCCUCCUUCUGGAUCGUCAACUCGCUCGGGAUCACCUUUGGAGCAUUCACCUGACCGGUCAUCGCCGGUUAUCAUGCAUCCAAAACCGAUCCGACCGCAACCUCGCCCGUUAACACGGGUGGGCUGCUCCCGUAAUGAUCUCAUUUGUCCACCAACCCCAACACAUCAUGCCCGAAGACUUCGUGUCCUCUCCGAUAACUUUGGUCCUCCUGAUCUAAGGCCAAGAAAUGUUUUCUCACCAGAAACGAUAAUGUCUCCUGAAAUGCGGUACAAUGAGCUGGUAACCGCCACCGGCAAUCGUGUUGAUCAGUUGAGAGUGGGAGAAGGACGAGAAGACGAAAUUGAGACUGAUUCUCCGGUUCGCCAUUUAACCAGCACAAGACUUCCGUCCAUACCGGAGCGUGCUCGAGGGGCCCUGGCUGAGCCUGACGAGCCGCUUCCACCGGCAUGGGAGGCGCGUAUGGAUAGCCACGGUCGAAUUUUUUACAUUGAUCAUGCCACAAGAACCACAUCAUGGCAGAGACCAGGUGCACAUUCGGGAAUAAACGGCCCUGAACAGCACCGUCAGCAGCUUGAUCGUCGCUAUCAGUCCAUCAGGAGAACCAUUUAUGAUCGACGAGACGGUGCAAGUCGAAGUCCUCCUAGGUUCGGCUUCGAACCUAUCAAUCCACGCCAGGGGGCAUCCGCUAUUGCAGUUGCUAUCAAUGCUGCGCAGAUCGAAAACCUACAGUUUGACCGCGCGGCUCACCCGGCCCUACUGAUGAUCUGUCGGCCAGAUUUUUACUCUAUGCUACACACCAACACUGAUGCCAUACUGAUCUACAAUCGCAAUGCAGCGUUGAAACACAUGGUCUCGCGGGUACGGAGGGACCCGACCUGCUUCUCACGUUACCAACAUAACCGCGAUCUGGUGGCACUGGUCAACUGUUUCGCCUCGCCGGACAAAGACCUGCCGUCCGGGUGGGAAACCAAAAUGGACCAGAGUGGCAAACAGUUCUUCAUCGAUCACGCCAAUCGGCGAACGUCUUUCAUGGACCCGCGAGUGCCUACCGACUGCCUUCGGGCCCGACAUAUACCCGAGCAGUUGAUCGCUGCCUCUGCGGUGGCUCCGGUGGAUAUUGCGCCCAUUCCACCACCUCGGCCACCAGCAUUGCCACGUUUGAGCAUUGGGUCGCCAGAGAUUCCGGUGGCUUACAAUGAUAAGGUCGUUGCAUUCCUUCGGCAACCAAAUAUUUUGGAGAUUUUGCGGGAACGCCACGGUGCGGCUGCUUGCUCGCGAAAUCUCCGCGACAAAAUAAACUCCAUUCGAGUGGAAGGAACGGCAGCCUUGGAUCGUCUCAGCCAUGACCUGCAACUGACGAUCCUGCUGAGCCUAUUCGAGAACGAGAUUAUGAGCUACAUCCCCGUGGAGGCUCGCAGUCCCCAAGGUUCACCGAAUCUCAAUAGUUCCCGCGUACCUCAACGUGCCCCUCCUCCGUUCCGUAGAGACUUCGAAACCAAGCUGCGCACGUUCUACCGGAAGCUGGAAUCCAAGGGAUUCGGACAGGGACCGCACAAGCUAAAGUUACACAUCCGACGGUCCCACCUGCUGGAGGACGCAUUCCGGCGAAUCAUGUCAGCCAACAAAAAGGAUCUCCAGCGAGGGCGGCUGGCUGUCCUGUGGGACACCGAAGAAGGGCUGGACUACGGUGGUCCAUCGCGUGAAUUCUUCUUCCUGCUGUCCCGUGAAUUGUUCAACCCGUACUACGGUCUGUUCGAGUACUCAGCCAACGAUACGUACACGGUGCAGGUCUCACCGCUGUCAGCUUUUGUGGAUAACAGUCAUGAUUGGUUCCGCUUCAGUGGUCGGGUUCUUGGGCUGGCCCUCGUUCACCAGUACCUGCUGGACGCUUUCUUCACCCGUCCGUUCUACAAAGCUCUGCUGCGGCUUCCAGUGGCUUUAAGCGAUCUGGAAUCACUCGAUAACGAGUUCCAUCAAUCUUUGCAGUGGAUUCGGGACAACGACAUCGGAUCCGGGACAUCACUAGGGCUCACCUUCUGCGUCACGGAAGAGCUGCUCGGUAGGGUUGUAGAGCGGGAGCUCAAACCGGGCGGUAAGAAUAUUCCCGUUACGGAGAAAAACAAACGUGAGUACCUGGAGCGGAUGGUGAAGUGGCGAUUGGAGCGUGGAGUCCAAGAGCAGACUGAAUCGUUGGUGCGUGGCUUCUAUGAAGUCGUCGACCCACGGCUGGUAUCGGUAUUCGAUGCUCGGGAGCUGGAGCUGGUGAUUGCCGGAACGGCAGAAAUAGAUCUCAACGACUGGCGGAUAAAUACGGAGUACCGCAGUGGUUACCACGAUGGUCACCAAGUGAUCGUGUGGUUCUGGCAUGUGAUUGAAAAGUUCUCCAACGAGCAACGGUUGCGGUUGUUGCAGUUUGUGACGGGUACAUCCAGCAUCCCGUACGAAGGAUUUGCGGCUCUUCGUGGUUCGACUGGCCCGCGACGGUUCUGCAUAGAGAAGUGGGGCAAACCGAACGCGCUUCCGCGAGCCCAUACUUGCUUCAAUCGUUUGGAUCUACCGCCCUAUCCAACUCCGGACAUUCUGUACGAGAAGCUCCUGCUAGCCGUAGAGGAAACUAAUACAUUCGGAAUUGAGUAGCUAACUGGCAACGGUGAACUCUGGUUUAGCCGGAGUGAUGUGUUCUUAUACUAUCUGUUGCUGUUUCUGUUUUACAGUGUGUUUAUUUUCUAUUUCUUCAAGAUUUUAAUCGUACAACUGUUGUGAAGAAAUAGAGCACGUUACCAAGGAAUCAGCUGCGAACGUUGAACUCGAAAGUGAGAGUGCAAACGGCGCCCAUUGGUGCCCACGCCCAUCCAUCCAGCAACAACGGCAGCAGCUGAGAGCAUUUCAUUGUGAGAAUUUUCAGCACUAGCAAACAAAAUAAAAACCCGAACAGGAUUGCAUUUAUUAUAUGUGCACUAGCGAUGCAGAAUACAUAACUGACGUUAUUCACUCGACUAGGCACCAGCUUGGUGCUGCUACAGCUGCUGUUGCUGCUGAUGGGGCCACGGCUGGAUGGGAAGCGAGCAAACUUUUGAAUUAUUAGUGCGAAACGAACCGGGUUGUUGCGCGUUAAGUUUGAACACAUUCAGAUGGGCGGCACGUUUGGUAGGCAGGCGGUGCUGGUGGAAAUCGUUUGAUGUAAAGAACGACUGGAGCAUCCAGCGAAAUUAUCAAACGAAUCUUAAAUUGGCUGACGAUGAAGUUUUUAUACAUAAAGUUUACAGUGAAAUUUUUCCAACUUUCUUGACGAGUAUGGCUUUGAAGUGAAAUUUAAACCAUUCGACACUAAGGCACGUAACAAUUUGAUAUUUUUUUUAACCAUAGCACUUGCUAAUAGUUGGCUUUUUUUGAGUUUUGCAUGAGAAUGGGAUUAAACUAUUAUAAAGCGAUUAUGUAUUGUUUGACGCAUCAUUGUUCUUUAAUCAUUAACUAAACUGCUGUGACUAGUUGUUGAAAUAUAUUCAAAGUGAUUAAUUGUUUAUUUCUAAACGAGAAAACGCAUAAUUGAUUUUGACGAAAGUUAUUAGUUGCAAGAAGGUGUCUUAUUCUUACCAAGAUAAAUUCGACACAGUUUUUCGAAAGCGCUUGUUUGAAAAUUGUACGAUGCCUGAUUUUCGGAAAGAUUCUCAUGCAUUGAGAAUGGAACUUCGAGUGGACCUCCAAGUCAUUCCAAUUUAUGAACUAGAAUUUUUGCACUUUAACUUGUGAAAACGUUCCCUCGUUCAUUUAUUGUGCACCACUAAUUGGAUGUCGAGAUAUUAUGCUACUUCAAGAGAUUUAUAAUUACUCCCUCAAUCAGCAAUAGUACAACAGUGUUGUUAUUAGUAUUUUUGUUUAAAUUUAGGUCCAUCAUUCAGUACGAACAAACGGUAUGGAAAAUAUUCCAAACGGAAUCGUGCCAAUUAGACAAGCAUGCAAAACGAUCGCUUAAUGUCACCUAGAUGGCCAUAAUUAUCGAUUUCAAAACAGUUUACCAUGCCACUGCAGUACACUAGCUCGGCUUCUUCAAACGAGCGCACUUUUAUCGUCACCAGAUUCGCGGUUUAUCGCCCCACUGGAUAUGCAAAGCAGCGCGAUAAAUUUCCAUUAUCUUGAAUGGAUCUCCGAUAAUCGGCCCAUAAAUUGAGUCAUCUUGGACAACUCCUAGUGGGCCGAUCAUUAUUGUUGCAUUGUUGAUAGAAUCUCACCUGAACCAUUUAGCGCUCUGAAUCGCCUCAGCUUCCUUUGUUUAAUUUAUUCCAGUUUGGAAAUACUACGAAACGCCUUCUGGAUGUGUGUAAACAUGCAUGACAACUCAGCGUAACUAAAUCGCUGCUAUAGCAAAGCUGGUCCUACCGCAACAUCAAAACAAAUGUUACAACAAAAUAUGAAAUAGACGCCUGAUGAUAAUAGUUACAUAUUCAGAACUUAAAUAGGAUUCUAGCAACCUGCUUUCUGUUAAUCAGUGUGUAACUAUCUUAUAUCCGUAUUGAUUUAAUAGACAAAAAGAUACAAAUAGGAAAUAGUGAAUACAAUGAUCAAUAGUAGACACUUCAAAUUGAUAUGCUACCAGGACACAAACAUCGCUUAUAAUCCUGUUCGAAAUAGCAAACGACAUUAUUGAAAAUCAAAAAAAUUCCAAAGAUCCUCAGUUAUCCAUAUUGUUCUCCCAUGUAGUGAACAGUUUGUAAGGUAUUUCAGUAACCCAAAAGCACAUUGUUUUGAUUUUACUCUAGCGCAAUAGUUGCGCCACAAAUUAUGGGAAAAUCAAACAAUACACCAGUACAUGUUCUUUUUCUAGUCAUUAUUACACAAAAGAACAAACCGAUACAAAUAUAAAAAGCAAAUUUUACCGCGAAACAAUCCCUAAACGCGAACAAACACAGCCUAGAAAAUAUUUGCGCUUGAAAACAAACCGCAGGAGCCACCCUUCACAUACCAGUAAAUGAACAUGACAACCCACGCACACUUUCAAAAAAAGUAAACUAAACACCGCCACUCUUGAAAAUAUCCAACUAUUACACAAUAAAGCAUUGUUGUUCUUUGUUCCAAUUCAACCAGUAAAAUUUACCAGAGAGAAAUUGAAAAACAAAUCAAUAAUAGUAAUAUUGCACAAACGUUGUCUUUCGGAUGAAGAUUGACCGAGCAUUCCUGUAGCUGCUUUAUUAUGUUAUGUUUCCUGUUUUGUUUUAGUUUUACCUUCUUGAUCUACAAUUAAGUAAAAGGGUUUUACGAUAAAAUACACGGCAGUUGGUCAAGCGUGUGACAGAAAAUUUUAAUCCAAAUCGCAAACAAUAAAAAACAGGUAUCUAAGCCAGAGCUUGAAUAAAGUUCGUCCAGGUUAUGUUUGUUAUUUAUCUAUAGUUUAGUAUCCUUUGUUUCAAGUCAUCAAUUGGAAACUAUGUAGACAGAUGGUACGAUUCGUUUUAGGAACCAAAAUUUGAAUCAUUCCUGGUAUGUUUUACCUGCAUGUCUAGUUUUAGUAUGUGUUGGCUUUACUAUAAGAACGAUUUCUGUGCGGGAUACAAAUCAAGUGUCGUCAAAUACCAAUUUUAGUCAUAUCAUAAGUUAAUAAUCUAAGUUUGUCAUACUUAAGGAAUCGCUUGAUGUGAGUCAACAUACAGAGAAUGGAAAAAUA